AUGGGGAGUAGUGAGACAAAAUGUAAUUCCCCCAGGUGCAAUAAUACUAGUUCAAAAGAUAGAUGUUUAAAACAUGAUCAUAACUACAAUUUAUGGUGUAAAUAUUGUAAGGACGAGAGUGAUAGAAAAGCAGAUGAAGAAAGAAGAUAAUAAGAAAAUCGAGAAUAUUGGGAAAAUAGAUAAAUUGAAAGUGAAAGGGAAAGAUAAAGAGAAAUUGAAAGGAAAAGGGAAGAAGAAGAAGAAAGGAAAAGAGAAUAUUGGAGGCAAUAAGAGGAAGAUAGGAGAAGGAGAGAAUAACAAGACCAGAAUUCAACUUGGAAAUGAG